AUGACCAUCAAGCUGUUUAGGCUUCUUAAUUACCUUACAUGGGCCUCUGUUGUCGCUGCGACUGCUGUCACCAAUGCGCCUACUUUGCAAACCCCCACUGUUGCGAUCGAUAAGCGUCAACAACAGCCCUUCCAAGUCCCGGACUACCAAAUAAAAGGUCCAUUGGACCCCAAAUACUUGAAAUUAGAGGGUGGAAGUACAGAAUUCAUAGGUCCAAACCAAGACUAUUUAACAGUACUUUCGUCUGGCACUGAGACUGCUACAGCACACGUUGCUAUCUUUACUGGAAAAGUGAAUGAUCAGGACGAGUAUUCGCUAGUCAUAUCGCCGGAUCUCCAGAAGCGUCUCAAUGAUGCAUUAGCUGGCAAUCAGAAAAGAGGCCCAGGAGACUUGCCCAUGCCAGACUUUCUCUCUGUUGAGAUCACCAUAGGCAUUGGAGCUAUUGGAGCUGUGGCCGCCGGUGUUGUCGGUGUUGGACUGCUGGCGAUCCCGGUCGCAUUGAUUGCAGCCAACUUCUGGAUGGGUCUGGAAUUGACUGCGCACGCACCUUUGGCACAGAAGCUGCCGAACCCCUUUUUACAGGAAUUCGAGAAGUGUACAGCAAAGCCACAGCGAGACUGCCCAGCGUCGGACUGCAAAGGUGACGAUAGCGACGUUUGCACCGUUGGUGAGAAAUGCCCGUGCAAAAGGAAGUGUCCAGCGGAAACUAAAGAGGAUCCUGUGUUGCAAUGCAACGAAUGUGGUGGGCCCCAAUCUGGAGACAGCGGCAAGUGUACUGGGCUUACAGCACAUGACAAUCUCUGGAAGGAUUGCUACUGCUAUGGGGCCGAGCCAUUCACAGGGUUUGCGUCGUAUGGUGACGCGGCUGCUGUACAAGCUGCGAUUCAAGAGCUACUCUCAAAUCCGGGCUCGGAUACUCCCUCAGAUCCUCCGUCUGAUCCCGAGCCUAAUAAACCUGCGAACUUGGCGUGCUAUGACAACACCAAGUCUAACUUCCAAUUUCAGCAAGGAGAUGUUCAGCCGAGUAUCGAACGGUUUUGUAAGGAGUGGAUAGUGGAUGGUGGAUACGUGUACUACGAUUCCAGAGCCAGUAUGCAAGUGCAAUAUCCCUUGGACGGCAAAUUCCCAUACGAGAGCAAAAAGCUCGUCCAGAUCCAAGGCGUGGUCACGGACUACAACCAAGCCAAGGGUUAUACCGAAGAAGAGAAGACGCAGACAGUGAAGAACUGUGUUGAAGGGCUUGGAAACGUCUUAUUCUAUUGCGAUUAUGGCUCAUAUGAUAAGUGGGGCGGAGACGGGAACUGGAAAGGCCACCAGUUGUAUAUUUCAGGUGUCGCACACUAGUCGUAUUAGUAGUGAAAGUCUUAUAGAUUAGGACUGUUGCUGCGUGGUCAUGAACUGUAAAUGUAGAUAUCUACUGGUAUUCAAGACAAAGACAUGCGUAAUUUUGUUGUGUGCGUAGCAAUCAUUGAAAGACAUGAAUUGGAAUGAGCACCCAUACAGUGUUGUUGCAUGUCUCAAGAAAGACCCAUAGGUUUAUAACCAGGAAGAUGCCCCAAUAGCUAAGCUCUGGAAGGGGACCUCCUGUCCAACUUGUCUCGGGAAGAUUGGAAUUGCUUACCACUUUAGUUACUGAUUGUCACCGCAAC